UGGAUGAGAGGCAGAGGAGUUUAAGCCCUUUCUCUAGAGGAGUUUGCCACCUACUGAUUCACAGGGCUCAGUUAAUCCUGCUGUCAGGCGGUGUUAAGCAGCAGUCUCAGCGCUGGAUUCCGAGAGAAGGAGACGCGCAAUCCAGAAGGCGCAGCAGAGGGGAGGCGAGAGAGGCAGCUAAAGAGAGCAGAGCGGGGGAAAAAUCAAAUCUAUGCUCGGAACUGGGCUUCUUUUUCGCCAAUGCAAAAGGGAAUAUGCAGCACAUUUUUGCCUUCUUCUGCACCAGUUUCCUAGGGGCAGUGUUAGGGGCCAAUUUCCCCAACAAUAUCCAGAUAGGGGGGUUAUUUCCUAAUCAACAGUCCCAGGAACAUGCAGCUUUUAGGUUUGCGCUGUCUCAGCUCACGGAACCCCCUAAGCUCCUUCCCCAGAUCGACAUUGUGAACAUUAGCGACAGCUUUGAAAUGACAUACACCUUCUGCUCACAGUUCUCCAAGGGCGUCUAUGCCAUCUUUGGUUUUUAUGAGAGGAGAACUGUCAACAUGCUCACAUCUUUCUGCGGGGCUCUCCACGUCUGCUUCAUAACGCCCAGCUUCCCCGUCGAAACGUCCAACCAGUUUGUUCUCCAGCUUCGCCCAGAGCUCCAGGAUGCCCUCAUCAGUGUCAUCGAACACUACAGCUGGCAGAAGUUUGUGUACAUUUAUGACGCUGACCGGGGAUUGUCAGUCCUACAGAAAGUGCUGGACACUGCAGCCGAGAAGAACUGGCAGGUGACAGCAGUCAACAUCCUGACGACAACAGAAGAGGGCUACCGCAUGCUCUUCCAGGAGCUGGAGAAGAAGAAGGAAAGGCUGGUGGUGGUGGACUGUGAAUCUGAGCGGCUGAACAUCAUCCUCAGCAAGAUCAUCAAGCUUGAAAAAAAUGGGAAUGGAUACCACUACAUCCUGGCAAAUCUGGGAUUUAUGGAUAUUGAUCUGACAAAAUUCAGGGAGAGUGGAGCCAAUGUAACUGGAUUCCAGUUGGUGAAUUACACGGAUGCUGUUCCUGCCAGGAUCAUGCAGCAGUGGAGGAAUAAUGAUGCCAGGGAGCAUCCUCGUGUGGACUGGAAGAGACCAAAGUACACAUCGGCCCUUACGUACGACGGGGUCCGGGUGAUGGCUGAGGCAUUUCAGAACCUGCGGAGGCAGCGGAUCGACAUCUCCCGUCGCGGCAAUGCCGGGGACUGCCUUGCCAACCCCGCCGUGCCGUGGGGACAGGGCAUCGACAUCCAGAGAGCGCUGCAGCAGGUCCGUUUUGAAGGACUGUCUGGCAACGUUCAGUUUAAUGAGAAGGGACGCAGGACCAACUACACCCUCCAUGUGAUUGAGAUGAAACACGAUGGGAUCAGAAAGAUUGGCUAUUGGAAUGAAGAUGAAAAGUUAGUUCCAGCAGCCAUAGAUACUCAAACCGGCAAUGAGUCCACGAGUCUCCAGAACAGGACUUACAUAGUCACAACUAUCCUAGAAGACCCAUAUGUGAUGCUCAAGAAAAAUGCCAACCAGUUUGAAGGCAACGAGAGGUAUGAAGGCUACUGUGUGGAGCUUGCCGCUGAGAUUGCAAAGCAUGUUGGCUACCACUACAGGCUGGAGAUUGUCAGAGAUGGGAAGUACGGAGCCCGGGACCCCGACACCAAAACGUGGAACGGCAUGGUGGGAGAACUCGUGUAUGGGAGAGCUGAUGUGGCUGUGGCACCACUAACCAUCACUCUGGUUCGAGAAGAAGUUAUAGACUUUUCCAAACCAUUUAUGAGUUUAGGUAUCUCAAUCAUGAUAAAAAAACCUCAGAAGUCCAAACCAGGAGUGUUUUCCUUUCUGGAUCCUUUGGCUUACGAAAUAUGGAUGUGCAUUGUUUUUGCCUACAUUGGAGUGAGUGUUGUCCUCUUCUUGGUGAGCCGCUUCAGCCCUUAUGAGUGGCACACAGAGGAAUUUGAGGAAGGAAGGGACCAGCCAGCCAAUGAUCAGACGAAUGAGUUUGGGAUAUUCAACAGUCUCUGGUUCUCCCUGGGAGCUUUCAUGCAGCAAGGAUGUGAUAUUUCUCCAAGGUCUCUCUCCGGCCGCAUAGUCGGUGGCGUCUGGUGGUUCUUCACCUUGAUCAUCAUAUCCUCCUACACAGCUAACCUGGCUGCCUUCCUCACGGUGGAAAGGAUGGUUUCUCCCAUCGAGAGUGCCGAGGACUUGGCCAAGCAGACGGAAAUCGCCUAUGGGACCCUGGAAGCUGGUUCCACUAAAGAGUUUUUUAGGCGAUCCAAAAUAGCAGUGUUUGAGAAGAUGUGGACAUACAUGAAGUCAGCCGAACCCUCUGUUUUUGUGAGGACGACAGAAGAGGGAAUGAUCCGGGUGAGGAAGUCGAAAGGGAAGUAUGCCUACCUCUUGGAGUCCACCAUGAACGAGUACAUCGAGCAGCGGAAGCCCUGUGACACCAUGAAGGUGGGAGGUAACUUGGACUCCAAAGGCUAUGGCAUUGCAACGCCAAAGGGGUCUGCACUGAGAGGUCCCGUAAACCUAGCGGUUUUGAAACUCAGUGAGCAAGGCGUCUUAGACAAGCUGAAAAGCAAAUGGUGGUACGAUAAAGGGGAAUGUGGAAGCAAGGACUCCGGAAGUAAGGACAAGACGAGUGCUCUGAGUCUCAGCAAUGUGGCGGGGGUUUUCUAUAUCCUCAUCGGUGGGCUCGGACUAGCCAUGCUGGUUGCCUUAAUCGAGUUUUGUUACAAGUCCAGAAGUGAAUCAAAGCGGAUGAAGGGUUUUUGUUUAAUCCCACAGCAAUCAAUCAACGAAGCCAUACGGACAUCAACCCUUCCCAGGCCGGCUGCAGCAGGAGGCAGUGGAGAAAACGGACGUGUGGUCAGCCACGAUUUCCCCAAAUCCAUGCAGACGAUCCCGUGCAUGAGCCACAGCACCGGCAUGUCCCUGGGAGCUACGGGAUUAUAAUUGGCCUUUUGACCCAUUGCCUGGGUGAGAGCAGGGGCAGCCCAACUCCACCCCCUCCAGAGCCAAAACCAAACCCAACACCAACAAGACAAAUGAUGAUGACAGAAGGGACAAUUGGAUGGAUCUUCCCAAGGAAACCAACUCUAUUUCCCUUUUUCUUUUGCAAACAGAUCCACCGGCAGGAGAACACAAACAGGUCUGUACUGCAAUAAGGAGAGCGUAAUGGGAUUUAACAGACUCGUGAACCGUCCCUGAUCAAAGAACCACUGGAACACUAAUGAGGACUAUGCCAUUUUGUUUUAACUUGGUUGUUAAUAAGUCUUAGUGUGUGCAAUAUAUAUAUUUUUUCUUACUAAUUCCUGUGGUGUCAGGGUAACAUCAACCCUUUCCCCUUUCCCUGCUCAGCCCUUUAACCUGAUUUAGUUCGGGAUGCAAACUAUAACGUCUGAGCUACUAACAGCAAAAACAAAAUCCGACGAAUGGCAAGUCAAACUCCCUGCAGGGCAUCAGCACUGACCCCUUUUCUCCAUCAUGAUUCUGCCUUCUGUUGUUCUGUUGUGAACUCAGGGUGUGGAGUUAAUGCAACAAGGCAGACAGGGCUGCGAAUGGCUCUCCCUGCAACAGGAAGGACUUGACACAAGAAGAACCUGAACAAAAACAUGAGGCUGUUUUACAGGGGCAAAGUCAUGAGUGAGUUUGGAAACCCCAGGUAAUCUGACGACAAAGAGAUAAUUCUUCCAGAGAUGAUGAGUGGCGGUUCAAGAGAAGGAUCAUGUGCAUGGAGAGGAGAGCAUCAUGCAUGGCAUACUAGAGCAGGUGGUCGGUCUAAGAGCAUGGUAGGCUGCUGUUUAUGGAAGAGAAAAGGUAAAUGCAGUAUUCCCCUCACAUGCCACUCUCCUGCCUAGGUUAUUGGGGGCUAAUAAGCAAUUGUGAACCAUUUCUUCAUUGCUUAGCUUCUGUGUGUGCUCCCUUUUUGGUGGUCACUUAAAGGAACCACCCUGAACUGGGAAUAGACCAUCACAAGACAUCCAGUUCUAGAUGGCUGCCUAUUAACCAGUAAAACAUGCUAGAAGUCACGGGGCUGCAAUGGGACUAUCGCAGACUUUUUGCUCUGAAAUCCCUUUAUGGCCAUUUUUCUAAUUACAAGGGACAUUUUUUAGCUAGUUGGCCAGAAUAGCUUCCUGGAAGAAACAGCUGAAGCAAACCACGGAGGAGACCCUACAAGAGCUUCAUUCAAGCAUCCAUGACAUUGGAUAGCAUCGGGGCUGGCCAGACUCAGCCUUCCUGUCAAGUUGUGGCCUGUACUCUGGGUACAAAGCCAAAAGUAGCAGAUUCCCGCUUGUGUAUCCUUAGGGAGGGGAAAGCAUCCACAAGCCAGGAGAGCAGGCUGCUGACACCAAAUUUGGAAUUGCAGAAACCCACACUGCUGGGCAGAGAGAUGGGAGUCCAGCUACAGGCACGGAGGUCAAAGGGGCAAGGAUGGUUUUCCAGAACUGCACAAAAGACUCAUUCUGUGAAUCAUUGGCAUGGACAGAAAAAUGCUUCCCACCCUGGUGAACCUGAGACACCUCCCCAGAAGUGAAGGAUCCCCAGGGGAGCAUCUAGAGAGAGAAGAUCUGCAGGGCAGGGACCAUGGGGAACCCACUCGGCCUUGUCCCAUCUCACAAGUCCAUCACUGAUGGCAAAUAAAGUUCAAAACUUCUCACAGGACUCAUCAAAUAUCUGUCUGGGGACAGAGCUGCUAGUGGAGCAUUCGGAACUUCUUUCUCACUCUCUCUUUUUUUUUAUUAUUUUUUUAUGUAUUUAUUUUUUAAUUUUCCUGCAACGUAGCAAGUGAGGAGCAGGAAAAGAAGGGAUGCAAGUGAAGACAAAAUGAUGCAGGCAAAUGACUGGCACAGGUCUUCGAGGAGGACCUGUCUAUACAGCUGUCCAUAAAUAGAGCUGGAAGCUGCCUGAAUGCCAGUUUCCAUUAGUGUAUUGUGCAGAGCAAUAUGUUUACCACCUUUAACACCAGCCUGGUCCAAAGCAUCUGUUCCAUUUACCUGCUUGUCCUGCAACACUUUGGAGACCAGUGAGACAAAGAAUCAAGGUCUGAAGCUCGGGCACAGCAUGUCUUGUGCCAAUGUGCUUUCCUCUCUCCACUACUGCAAGCCCUUGCGAUCUCCAAUUGCCCAACAUGAGUUCUGUCAUCAGCUGCUCCAAACACCUCUUCAGGUCACUUUGUGUUGGUUAUCGAUAUUUUUUAAUCCACUUUUCUUUCCUUAUUUUUAACUUCAGUUCUGUGUAAGUGCUAGUGCAGUGGGAACAUCCCUCAAGCUAGCCCGUUUCCAUGCCCAGAGCCCUCGGAUGCAUCUCUUGCCCCGGCUCUAGCCGCAUCCCGGACGUUGCCACAGCACCGCUGGGUGCUGCACCCUGUCCUCCUCCAGACACAGCCACCGUGGUGGCAGGGCAUGGGGAGCCCAGCUGGGCAGGCAGACGUUGAAGCACCCGUGCUAGGACUGGCCGCCUGUGACGUGAAGAUGUGAGACGGAGUCUUCAAAGGCUUUUCAUCAGUGGUGGGGUUAAAAAAAAAAAAAAAAAAAAAGAAUAGGACAAAAGCGUGGAAAAAUGUUAACUUGUAAUAUGUAUUUUUACUACACUUUUCUUAAAAAUAGAGUAAUAGUAAAACUCUUAAAGACAUUGACAUUUUUUCUCAACAGGAAUCCAUAUUUAACAGUUUUGGCUUUCAUUAAAUUUUGCUCUUUGGUACCUGGAUCUUUUAUUUAACAGCUAUAUUUGUUUUAACUCUCUUUUUUCUUUUCUUUUCCUUUCUCUCUUUCUUUUUUUUUUCUUUUCCUUUUGGCAAUACUGCAAAGGAUUUUGCUUUAUCAAACUCAACAGUGUUUUUAUUUUCACAUUCUCUUUUUUCAAGCAACAUUUUUACUGGUAAUUAUUAUUUACAUAAAAAUGAAACUAUCAGCUGGAAUCUCAGCACCAAGGAUCCAUGAUGCAUUUUUCAUACCUGUCCAUGCCAUUUUGUGCCAGUGCUGGAUGUGUGGAAGUGAAAAUGAUGUUAUCCCUCAGGCAAUAUUACCCAACCUGAAUCAAACGAGAUUUCCUUGAUUAUUGCUGUGUCUGACUUGUGAACAGCAGCCAAAUAAACUGCUUCAGGUUGAAAUUGGGAAUCUAUCUAAUAUUUACCCAGGAGUCAGGAAACUAAAUAUUCAUUGGGUUCAAAGUUAAAGAUUUUGCUUCUUGUUCUUGGUUACUUUUUGAGGAGGGCUAUUUGAGGAUUUUAGCUUGUUUUUACACAGAGAGAAGAUGUAGUCAGCUCAGCAAUUAUUCAGAACCAGCACUGGUCCAAAAAUCCACACCAGGAUUGGCUUUCCUAGGAGCUGUCAUGCUGCUUCAGAGGCUCAGUGGUUUAAGAUAUUUCUCACUCAAUUUUCACACAAUUAACCUUCUAAAUUCCUCUUUCAAGAGUCUGUUGAAGUGGGAAAGAGAGUAGGAUUUAAAGGGCCAUGGACAUUUAUGUAGUUGCUGACAGCUACGAAGACUAGCUAUAAUCAUGACCGUCAUGCUCUGAUGUAGCCUUUGCUAUCACAGAUGUGGAAGACUUCCCUUCCCCGUGGCAUCAUUCCCAUUUAUUGACUGAGGAAGCUGAGACACCAAAGUGCCUUCAGUCAGGCGUCUCAGCUCACCCCUCAGGGCUGUGGUUAUAGACUUGAGGUCUCCAACAUUCGCAAGAGGGUUUUGCCCACUGGUAAGUUUUAAAAGUAGGAUCAGCAAGGGGCAGAAUUAAUGCUUUUUGAAAUGGGCUGUGAUCCACCAGACUUCAAAGCACAAGAGACUCCAAAUCAAUGGGGCCUGAAGGAGAGGUUUCCCAUGGGCAGACUAUGCUGCAUCAGCCUAUCUUGGUCUUCCAUGCCUGCUUGGACAUCCAGUACUGUAUUGUGGGUGUGCACCUUGUCUCAAAAUGCUCUUCUUGCUCACUCAGUGCUUCACUCUUGGUUCCCAGUGAGGUUGCAAACACACACAAGAAAUUUUCUGUUCUAUCUUGACAAAAGCAGGACAAAAUUCCCUCCUAAUGGCAAAAUAACAUAUCCCUUAUGAGAAAGUUUCCAGCAAGUAUAAAACCAUCUUUGGCUGUUGUCAAGGCAAAAAAUGCUGAAUACUAAAGUGCAGCAGGUGAGGAACAACAGAUGCAUCACCUAGGGACAGACAUCCCUUUGCUAUGGGAUGAGAAACCCAGCACCAGGGCACAAAGCUGGGAUGCUCCAAAAAGAUUUGGCUGGAUUUGUUUGCUCAUGUGCCUACCUGCCAGCAAAUGCAGCAAAAAUUUUAUUGUCCAAACUCAGUGAAGGGACGGGACAGGGGCACAUACAACAAUUGCUGUAACCCAGUGGGUACCUUUAACCUGUUUGGCUCCAGCAACUCAGCCACAAAUCUCCUUCAAAAGAUUUGGGAGAUGUGAGGAUGUUUUCACUGUGAACGCAGGCUCAUAAUCAUUUUUUUAAGGGUAUGGACAGUCACCCAAGUCUCACAUAUGGCUCUGGGUCCCCAGGAGAACAAUUUGGUGCAUGUUUCUAACAGAAAAUUAAUUAACAGAAACACAGGGCCAUCACCAUGCCACACACAGCAGCCCACCAGCCUGUAGCAGGUCAAGGCUUUGGGGGAAAAAUCCACAUGCAAACCCCAGCACAGAAGAUGCUAGACAGUGCCAACCCAAACUACUUGGGCUCCAUGGAAACUGCUGGUCAUGUUGCUCCAGCGUCAUUACCGAGGUAACACCACUCCCAGCUUUCUUCUUACAUGCAGCCACUCUCUUCUUCUCCAGCUCCUGAUGUCCUGAGUGUAGAAGAGGAAUGAAUUUAGUGUGCUAGGACCUGGAAAAAGUUCUAGGCAUGAAGGGCUGGCUUGUGGAGUAGUUUGAGAAUGAUGUUUCCAGCAGUAUCUCAGCUAUUCCCACUCUGGGAUUCUCCCCUCGGCCCUGACCUGCAGCAUCACCUCCUGUUUCCUUUCUGUCCAUUCCCAUCUCCCCUUCCUUAGUCCAUCAAUCUCACCUCUCGCACUGCCAGCUACUCCCCUCUGGGUUCUGGAGUAGGCUCUGGGUAUGUAGCUGGUGGUUGUUUGAUUGCAGACAACUCUGUACCACCAUAUGUCUUUAGCCAGCACAUGAACUCACCUUCCUUUGUAAUGGGAACAGAGA